GCGCAAAUGGCGGCGGCCGUGCUGCUAGUCCUGGCCGCCAGCAUCCUGGCGCUGUCCCGCGCUUCCGCCUCGCCCACCAACGGGGCGGCGGCCGACCGCAUCACGCUUCUGCCGGGCCAGCCGCCGGUCAACUUCUCCAUGUACUCGGGCUACGUCACCGUUGACGCCGCCGCGGGGCGCGCCCUCUUCUACUGGCUCAUCGAGGCCGCCGUCGAGGACCCCGCGUCCACGCCGCUCGUGCUCUGGCUCAACGGCGGGCCCGGCUGCUCCUCCGUCGGCUACGGCGCCUCCGAGGAGCUCGGCGCCUUCCGGAUCAACUCCGACGGCACCACGCUCUCCUCCAACCCCUACUCCUGGAAUAAGAGGGCCAACAUGCUCUUCUUGGACGCCCCCGCCGGCGUAGGCUACUCCUACUCCAACACCACCUCCGAUCUGUUCACCGCCGGCGACAAUAAGACAGCUCAUGAUUCCUACACUUUCUUGGUCAACUGGCUGGAGAGGUUCCCGCAGUACAAGCACCGUGAUUUCUACAUCACCGGGGAGAGCUACGCAGGGCACUACGUCCCUCAGUUGUCCCAAGUAGUGUACAGAAACAACAAAGGGAUCGAGAAGCCUGUCCUGAACUUCAAAGGCUUCAUGGUCGGGAAUGCAGUUAUUGACGAUUACCAUGAUUUCGUUGGAACCUUCGAGUAUUGGUGGACGCACGGGCUGAUCUCUGACGACACCUAUCAGAAGCUGCAGUUGGCCUGUGAUUUUGAUUCAUCUACGCACGCUUCCGAUGCAUGCAACAAGAUUUUUGAUGUAGCUUAUGAUGAGGAAGGCUUGAUUGAUGCAUACAGCAUCUACACACCUACCUGCAAGAAGUCCUCACUUGAUAAGCGGAGGCUAAUCAAGGGAAGAAGGCCCUGGUUGCCAAGAGGAUAUGAUCCCUGUACCGAAGUGUACUCCACCAAGUACUAUAAUCUACCAGAAGUGCAGAAAGCUUUUCGUGCCAAUGUCACUGGAAUACCGUAUGCUUGGACCGGCUGCAGUGAUGACUUGUUCGAAUAUUGGAAAGAUUCGCCGAGGUCCAUGCUUCCUAUUUACCGCGAACUUAUUGCAGCUGGCCUAAGAAUAUGGGUCUUCAGCGGUGAUGCCGAUUCCGUAGUACCCCUCACUGGUACAAGAUACUCCAUUGAUGCACUCUAUCUUCCGACCGUCACUAACUGGUAUCCCUGGUAUCAGGAGGAGGAGGUUGGUGGUUGGUGCCAAGUGUAUAAAGGUUUGACCUUGGUGACAGUCCGAGGUGCGGGACAUGAGGUUCCCCUCCAUCGUCCAAAACAGGCCUUGAAGCUUUUCGAGCAUUUCUUGCAAGAUAAGCCCAUGCCUCGGCCUGUACCUAGCGUUCAGUCGUUUUAGUUUCCUCCGUCAGUUAAAAUGGAAGAGCAGGCCAUGAAGCCAUCUUGUCCCGUGUAAUUUCAAGUAUUGUUCCGACAUUUUUAGAUAAUCAGGUUUUCUCAUUCAGUUAAUAUUGGGUACUCAUCAUUCUUAAUUAUUUCCAAUUGUAAUUUAUAAUUUAGAUGUUCCCACUUCCACUAUUGUAAUUGUACUUUCAGAAAUCAGAACAGAGUACCCAUUAAAGUGAGCUGAUUUAUAACUUUGCUUUUUUUUU